AGUGGCAGGAAGGGGAAGCACCUAGGUUUGAGGACAGGGCUGGCUGCUGUCAGAAUCUGGGCCCUCCCCUGCCUUGCUCCAUAUCUGGUUAGGGGAGAGAGGGGAGGAAAGCCCAGGGAAGGGACCCGGGUGACAACAGACCAGCUGGGAGCAGCAGGAGUCCGCGCACGGGCUUUGCAGAUGCAGAGGUUGAGGUGGCUGCAGGACGGGAAGUCAUCGGGCAGAGGUCUCGCAGCAGCCAAGGAACCUGGGGCCCGCCCCUCCCCACUCCAGGCCAUGAGGAUUCUGCAGUUGAUCAUGCUUGCUCUGGUGACAGGGCUCGCAGCGGGAGAGACCAGAAUCAUCAAGGGGUUUGAGUGCAAGCCUCACUCCCAGCCCUGGCAGGCGGCCCUGUUUGAGAAGACGCGGCUGCUCUGUGGGGCGACCCUCAUCGCCCCCAGAUGGCUCCUGACAGCAGCCCACUGCCGCAAGCCCCGCUACAUCGUUCACCUGGGGGAGCACAACCUGCAGCGGCGGGACGGCUGUGAGCAGACCCGGACAGCGACCGAGUCCUUCCCCCACCCCGGCUUCAACAACAGCCUCCCCAACAAAGAUCACCGCAAUGACAUCAUGCUGGUGAAGAUGGCCUCGCCAGCCUUCAUCACCUGGGCUGUGCGACCCCUCACCCUCUCCUCGCGCUGUGUCACCGCUGGCACCAGCUGCCUCAUCUCCGGCUGGGGCAGCACAUCCAGCCCCCAGUUGCGCCUGCCUCACAGCUUGCGUUGCGCCAACAUCACCAUCAUUGAGCACCACGAGUGUGAGCACGCCUAUCCCAACAACAUCACAGACACCAUGGUGUGUGCCAGCGUCCAGGAAGGGGGCAAGGACUCCUGCCAGGGUGACUCCGGGGGCCCUCUGGUCUGUAACCACUCUCUUCAAGGCAUUAUCUCCUGGGGCCAGGAUCCGUGUGCGAUCACUCGAAAACCUGGUGUCUACACCAAAGUCUGCAAAUAUGUGGACUGGAUCCACGAGACAAUGAGCAACAACUAGACUGGACCACGGCCCAGCAUCCUCCACUUCCACUUGGUGAUUGGUUCCUGUUCACUCUGCUAAUAAGAAACCCUAAGCCAAGACCCUCUGUGAACACUCUCUGGGCCUCCUGUCCUGCAGGAGAUGUUGUCACUUAAUCCUCAGCCUGGGGUUUGAAAUCAGACCUGGAUUCAAAUUCUGCUGUGAACUACUGUGACUCUGGGAAUGGUAACAGCUGGUUUGUUCACUAUUGUGUCCCCAGUCCCAAAGACAGCUCCUGGCAUAAGUCGAGGUUUCAAUAAACAUUCCUGAAUGAGUGAA